AUGUCGCUAUUUGAGAGUAACUCCAGCAAAGGGAUAGAGAGGACAGGGAGGUUCAAAGUGACCAAUUACCAAGUUUACCUCGAUAUUCCUAAUAUAAGAACAUGUCCUAAUAUUGACCACUUGAUAUAUUUCCUUGAUAGGAAUGGCAUUCAACAUCUUGUUCUAAAACUUCCGUUUGGUCACCGAUACAAACUGCCUUCUUCAUUUUUCAUAAGUUCAGGUUUGAGGCAUUUGACUCUCGCAAGAUCUCUAAUACAUCCUCCACCAGUCUUUAAGGGAUUUGAUAGGUUAAUUAGCCUAGAACUAAGACGAGUCACAAUUUCUUCUGAAUCACUUGGAAGUUUGAUCUCCCAUUGCCCGUUACUUGAGAAUUUGGUGCUGAAGAAUCUAGACAAUCCAAACCCCAUGGAAAUUAAUGCUCCCAAGCUAAGAUCAUUUGUCUUCAGUGGCACUAUACAUUGUAUACAUCUAAAAAACGUCCCUCUUCUUUCCAAUGCUUCAUAUAUACCUACAGAAUUUUUUGUAGAGGAGGGACAUGAUCUUGCCAAGAUUUUUGAGUCUAUUUCUGCUCUCGAGAAUCUCUGCUGGAAACAGGACAUACUCCAGAUGGUGCAUGUUGGACCAGCUAAAGCUAUGCCUACAAGGCUUCCCUCUGCUCUUAAUUGUCUUAAACGCCUCUACAUAUCUUGGAUUACUCUGGGAGAAUUCUUUGAGUUUUCUUUUGUUCUUUGCUUGAUAAGAAGCUCUCCAAAUGUAGAAGAAAUUGAAAUUAAGGUGUGUGGUGAUCCUGAUGUGGACCAUCAUUGUGAACCUGUGCCCCGGGAUGUUCUUGAUGAGAUACCUUCAAGCUUCUCGAAUAUGACUUUCAAUCACCUGAGGACAGUAAAGUUUUAUGAUGUAAUAGGAGCAGAGGCUGAAAUGCAGUUUAUCAAGGUUUUAUUGGCCAAGUCUCCAGCACUGGUGAGAAUGGUAAUCAAGCCCUGUGAAAUUGGAGAUAAAGAAUCUCUCAAAGCACUCGCUGAGAUAACAAAAUUUCAGCGGGCAUCAUCUAAAGCUGAAGUUGAGUAUUGUGUAGAUUAGUAUCCACAUCUCAAUCCUUCUUGAUCAUAAUGAGUCUUUCAAGUUAAAACAUUUUGAAAGUGUUAAUAGAAAGAAUGUUUGAUGCUGUAAUAAGGCUGUGUUUUGCCUUUGUCAUAAGGUACUAUGAAGACUCAUCAGUUUGGGAACUUAAGUGAAUGUUUUACAAAAUGCUGUUGCCUUUUUGGAUUGGCUUAAUAUAUUUUCAACUUGGCAGCAAA